AUCAAACAACUUACUUAUCUUUCUGUGAUAAUGAUAUGCAAGUUGAUAAUAAAAAACAAGACAAUAAUAUUGCUGCUAUUGAUAAUAUAGAAAAACAGAUAAAAGACAUAAAUUAUCAUAUAAAUCAAU